AUGGUGUCGACUCCGUUUGGCAUCAACGGACUGGAGUGCUACGAUGGGGGUGCAAAUGUAUCAAAGUCACGUGUGCUCAGCCGCACAGCAGCGCAGAGCCCCGUCCCCUCUGGAGGGGUGCGCAGACUGCGGCAGAUGAGUUCGCAGCAGACUAAGGGCGUCUCCAAUAUAGAAAAGCCCACCUUCAUGGCCUCCCUGCACCACAAGGGAAAGAUGCUGGUGUGGGAUGCAGACACUAUCGAGGUGGUUGGCAUGUGUGACCACCACGGCUGCUCCGUCGCGCAGUGCAUUGUCACACCGACCUAUGUCUUUGUGCGCGUGGAGAACGAGGCGGGGUUCGACAAUGAGGAGGAUUCGAAGGUGUACGUGUGGCACACCAAAACAUUUGAGCUGUAUCGUCGGCUGGUAGCGCACGACGGCCGCGUUACGUCCAUUGUGGUGAGUGAUCAAAACGACUCGUGUUUUGCGACAGCCGGCAUCGAUCACGCCAUACAUCUGUGGGACCUAACCAAGAACGUCAUGGGGCCGGUGCGCAAGAUCUCGGUCGGUGGCGGUGCCACCGUGCUGCUGUACUUCAGCGGCAUGAUCCUUGGCGGUUUCACGCAAGCGCCACUGAUGGCGUGGGAUGCCGAAACGGGAGAAGAGGUGCUCCGUGUAAAGGACGGCACGAGCGCCGUGACGGCGGUGCGCUGGCUGCACGAUCCAUCACGCGUGACAAGGCGCCCCGGAAAGUCGCACCAGCGCUCCGCGGCGCUGCUCAUCGGCUACAGUGAUGGUUUCGUGAAGCAGUGGUCCGUAGAAGCGGGUGCAAAGGCAUUAUCCAUGUCUAUCAAGUGGGCAAACAAGGUCCACCGAGCGCAUGUUACCGAUGUGUGUGGCGAUGACGAUGUAGUGCUCAGCUGCAGCACGCUCGACGGUGCAUUCCUGUUGAUGCCCUCACGUGGUCAGGUGGCCCCGCUGGUCUCGUAUGGCGUGCGUGUCGCUCUACUCGACACAUGCUCCAAGAACGCAGUGAUUGGGGUGGACGAUGGAUCGGUGGAGGUCAUUUCCUACAGUGACUUUGCGGCUGGACUUGGGGAGCCAGCGGUGAUUGCUUCCUUCCGUCCCCACACGAGUGGCGUCACGGGGUUGUUUCUCCAACUCAGCGAGGACCUCUCGUGGGAUCGCCUCAUCUGCAGUGGUGCCGAUGGCACGAUUGCAUUUAUGGACUACUCCAAGGUCCGCGGUGGACGCUGGCUUAAGGGAAUGGGUGCGCAGUCGGUGGAUUAUAUAUCAAACGGCGGUGCCAUCCUUAUUCCUAAAGCAGCGAACGGGGGCAUUUUUGUCAUUGAUCCACUGGAUAUUCUCCCCUUUGCCACGCAGCCAAAUGUGCAAAUAACACAAACAAUUACAUCAGUACGGUGGUCAGAAUCCACCAAUAAGCUGGUGCUGGGCUCUGAUGAAGGGAUGCUGAUGGUGUUUGAGGGUACCGUCGCUGAGGACCGUACCCCUUCUUUUCACAAAAUUGAACAGCGGCAUCUAAGGCCAUACUUUUCGCGCAGCAUCUUUCUCAGCGAGCCCGAUGGCUCCUUAGCUGUGGUGAACCUGCAGAAGAACUAUUUAUCAUAUGAGGGAGGUUUUAUGAUCGUUGAUUUGAAGGGGGCAGACUUGAUGUUUCCUGUGCAGCCACUGAUGAAAAUGUUUCCCAUCCGCAGCAGUCUGGUCACAUUUCAACGGUCCGAAGCCUACGACUACGCCGUUGUUUUGCAGCUCCGCGAUGGUUCCAUUCUACAAUAUGUUGGAAAUUCGAUUCGCAAGACAACGCCCGUCUUUGUGCGAACAUUAGUAGAGCCUUUCCUGGCAGACGUUCUUCAGAUGGAGUUGAGUGGGCUCUCUGUGUACCCAAGUAAUUAUGUCCUUGAUGUCCUUCCGACCGUUGGCGGUGUGGUGGACCUGCUCCUGACGUAUGCCAAUGACACCGUGAUGACGCAAUUGAAAUUUAGCGCUGUGCCAGGCGGUCCAUUGGAUAGUCACAUCUUUGCUAAAAAGAACUCCGCUGCUAUUGGCGGCCCCUUCUCAAGCGAGACAGAGAUGGUGGUGAGCCUGCAGGCCAUUCACCAGGGUGAUCUCGGGUUUGCCAUACUGCGGGAUUCACCUUCCGUGGACAUCAUCACUACCGACGGGGAAUACCUCUACCGUAUCUCCUACGAGGGUAACGUGCGGAGUUAUCAGGCGAUGAGCUACCGGCGGCGCUCACGCAGCUUCCCGUUUGACACUUCUGUACUAAAUAACAACACGUCGCUUGCGCCUGACUCCUCUCCCGCUGCGUGCGCCGCAGACUUCUGCGCGGAGGCACGCUACCUCGCCCUUGGCUACCGCGACGGCAUGGUACAGCUCUUUGACACCACACAGCAGAUCAUAUUUACCCGAUUUGCGGUGCAUACUUCGAUGAUUUCCGGCAUUUGGGCAUUUCCGCACGCCGUGAUAUCAGCAACGCUUGGCGGUGAUUUCCACGGAGGUGCUGUUUUCCGCCGUGUUAUGUUUGACGACACUGACAGUAAGGGGCCCUCGCCGGACUCAUCUUUGAUGCUACUUCGGCGAACAUCAGCGAGCGUUUCUGUAAUAGGGCCUUGA